CCACGGCAGAUAUAAGGUCGAUCGAUUAGAAAACAGCGUGCGCCACGAGAUCCGCCGUCCCCAACAAAGCUUCAUCGUCGGUCUUCGCUCCCCUCCGCAAGUUCGGAUCUCCCUUCUUCCAUAUCCUGUCUGUUCCAUUCGCAAUUCAUCCACUUCUCAGUACUUGUUGCUCGAUUUAAUCCUCAAGAGAUGAGCUCCGCCGUCCCCAACAAAGCUUCUUUGUCGGUCUUCGCUCCCCUCCGCAAGUUCGGCUCUCCCUUCUUCCAUACCCUGCCUGUUCUCAGUACUUCUUUCUCGAAUAAUCCUCAAGAGCUGAGGCCUUCCUAUUUGCCAGUCCGAUCUUUCUUUCGUCAAACUAUUGGUUUUCCUCUGAUAAGUUCUUGAUUCUAGAAUGACCAAGUGUUGGGUAUAGUUUGGUACUGCUGGAUACUGGGUCGAAUUUGCAGUUCGCGUGCAGGUUUUCGGAGUGAUCGAAGGGGGAGGCAGUGAUGGAGGGACAUUGUGGUCGGACCGAGCAAGUUCUUUGGCUCAUUUCAGUUUUCUCCGGCAUCAUUACGUGUAAAUUUGUAUAUGAAGUUACACAUAAAAUCAGCUUGGUGUACAUUAACGGAUACAGCAAGCUAAGCAAAUUAGAAAAGAUUGUGUGGAACAAUCCGUAAAUGUGCAGCAUUAAUGCUUGUUGGGUUCCUGUUGGACAAGUCAUCAUCUUUAAUGCACAUGUGCAGGCAUUAAUGCUUGUUAGAUUCCUAGUGGACAAUUCAUCAGCUUUAAUCAGUUCAGGAUUCCUUACCAACUUUUGCAUUCAGGGGUUUCUCUACUUUCCAUGCACUGGUAGCUGCAGCACUUUCAUUUUAUUUCAUAGUGGUAUCAGACCUUUUUAAAAAUGGUACACAAGAAGAGAUUUAGUAAAUAGAAAAUCACUUCUAUCAGAUCUUAUUUUUGGGGUAGGUUGCUGGCUCAUCUGAUUUAUCAGUUUUGUUUGAACAAUCUAUAAUAUGCCAACAGGAGGGUUUUUCCUUUUUCUUUUUCAAAUGCUUAUUUAACUAAAGAAAUCCAUUACUUCUGUUCGUUGGGUUAGCAUUUUAAUCCUUUACCAAUAUCCUACAGGUAAUAUUGAAAGAAAACGAACCAUUCUGAUUUGACAAUCCACUCAAAUUUAUUCAUUUGAAUAUAAUGUUAAUAUGAAAUUAGAAAUCAGUAUGUUUAAGAAUGAUCUUGGUUGGAGAUUAUGUGAUCGUCAGUUUGUCUUGGAUUAUCUGUUCUCCUCUGUGAAAUCUACUUGAUUUUCCAUGGGGGUGGAUACAAUUAAGUGAGCUGCAAUAUAUCAUCUUCCACUGACAUACACAAUUUGUCCAAAAUCAAUUUUUUUGCACAUGACAUCUGAACUAAAAGGAAUAUAUUUUCAGUAUUUAUACUCUCCAUCUUGUCAUUAGCUUAUGUUCAAUGUCUUUUUUUGUACAGAUAUCACUUGGUUAUUUUCUUUCAGACUUGGCAAUGAUUUUAUGGCUUUUUCCGUCGUUAGGUGGCAAAGAAUAUGUAUUUGGACCUUUCUGGACAGAAGAGUUCAAAUACGUGCAUUUACAAUGGUGUGGCUUUAUUCCUUGGAUGGCUGGUUGCGAGGAUCCUUUUGUUCAUCUAUUUCUUCACCCACAUGUAUCUUCAUUUUUACCAGGUGAAAACAAUAUUUCCCCUGAGGUUCUACAGUCUGCCGAUGGUACCUCGGAUGAUGGCGGUGAUGAAUGUAUUAUGGUUUUGGAAAAUAUUCAAGGGCAUGGUAAAGACUCUUUCCCAAAGACACAUCAAUGAAGCAUUGCCUUGUGAUCCUACUUGAAUCUUGGUCUCUGUUCAUUCUGCAAUUUUCUUUUUUUUCUUUUUAUUGUUGGAAGUAUUAUUAUCUUCUCUGUUGGUUUGAUGCUCCGGAAAAUGUACGAAAUUUGUCUUACAGUUUUCAAUAUGUGACUGAUAUAUUAUUUCAAGUUGUGAGACAUCCUACUGCGUAAAA